AAGUAUCCUUCCAGCAUGAUGUACCUCCACUCUGCAGCUGCCUUUUUACUACUGCUGGGCGCAUCAUGGUGUUAUAGGCUGCCAAUGUCAGAGGAAUCGGAAAGUGAUGAGUUCACGAAGGAAGACAUUGAGUUUGCAGAGCGUUAUCUAAAGACUCAUUACAAUCUCCGGUCCAAUCCUGCUGGGAUACUGAAGAAGUCAGCUGAUACAGUCACUAACAAACUUCGAGAAAUGCAGGCUUUUUUUGGACUGCAAGUGACAGGCAAGCUAGAUGAAGAAACAUAUGAACUAAUGCAACAGCCACGAUGUGGUGUCCCUGAUGUGGGGGAGUACAAUUUUUUCCCACGAAAGCUGAAGUGGUCCCACAAUAACUUAACCUACAGGAUUGUAAAUUACACCCCCGAUCUGAAAAAGUCUGAAGUGGACAGAGCAUUCAGAAAAGCUUUCAAGGUCUGGUCAGAUGUGACACCACUCAACUUUACUAGAAUCCGCAGUGGCACUGCUGAUAUCAUGAUCUCCUUUGGAAGGAGAGAGCAUGGCGAUUUCUAUCCCUUUGAUGGACCUUCUGGACUGCUGGCUCACGCUUUCCCUCCUGGCCCAAAUUAUGGAGGAGAUGCUCAUUUUGAUGAGGAUGAACUGUGGUCAACUGAUUCCAAAGGCUAUAACUUGUUCCUUGUGGCUGCUCAUGAGUUUGGUCAUUCGCUGGGACUUGAGCAUUCCAGAGAUCCAGGAGCGUUGAUGUAUCCAGUCUACACAUACACAGGCAAUACUGGCUUCUUGCUGCCAGAUGAUGAUGUCCAAGGAAUCCAGACUCUCUAUGGUGCAGGAGACCACGAUCCUCAUCCUGAUCACCCCAAAACUCCGGAGAAAUGCAGCGCAAAUUUGACACUUAAUGCCAUCACAGAACUCCGUGGAGAAAUGAUGAUCUUCAAGGAUAGGUUCUUCUGGCGCCUACAUCCCCAGAUGGUUGAUGCAGAAUUGGUACAAAUUAAGUCAUUUUGGCCAGAAAUUCCAAGCAAGAUUGAUGCAGCAUAUGAAGACCCUGAAAAGGAUCGUGUGAUGCUUUUUAGGGGCAGGAAGUUCUGGGCUUUGAAUGGCUAUGACAUAGUAGAGGGCUACCCUAAAAAAAUUUAUGAAUUGGGUUUGCCGCGAUCCGUGAAGGAAAUAGAUGCAGCCAUCCACAUCAGCGACACUGGCAAAACUCUCCUUUUUAUAGGAGACAAAUACUGGAGUUACGAUGAAAAGAACCAAGUCAUGGACAAAGACUACCCUAGAUUUAUAGAGGAAGAUUUCCCUGGGAUUGGUCACCGAGUGGAUGCAGCCUAUCAGAAAAAUGGUUAUAUAUACUUUUUCAAUGGACCACUGCAGUAUGAAUUCAACAUCUGGAGUGAGAGGAUUAUUCGGGUCUUGAACACCAACUCAAUUUUCUGGUGCUGAUUGCGUUCGGCCCGGUUCUGAACUGUGGAGCAAUUUGUCACUCAUGAAAAAUAAUAUUGUGGGUGUUGGGUUUUGUUAGUUGGUUCGUUUUAACCUAGACGCUUGAUUCUGUGAACAAGCUCUGGUAAUUUCUCCAUUGACUUUAUAUUGUAUAUAUGAGAUUAUGCAGCGCAAUGUACAUCAGUCUGGAACUGAAUUAAAAAGGGAUGGCAUUCAUAAUUCACAAGUAUAUUGUGGGGCAUUACGACAUCUGAAAGUUGAAUGAAGAGACAGCGGACAAUCGUCCUGUCUGGUGCAGAUGAGAAUGCUUCCAGACAAGUUUUCCAUGGCACUCCAUGGA